AUGAUGAUGAUGAUGAUGAUGUCCCCCAGGCCGUGUGUGAGCUCCGAGGGUGCUGUUGUUGAUGAUGCUGAUAAUGAUGUUAAUGCUGUUGAUAACAAUGAUGAUGUUGAUGAUGUUGAUAACGAUGAUGAUGUUGAUAACAAUGAUGAUGUUGAUAACAAUGAUGGCAGUGUUGAUGAUGACGAUGAUGAUGAUGAUGUCCCUGUCCCCCAGGCCGUGUGUGAGCUCUGCGGUGAUGAUGUUGAUAAUGAUGAUGUUGAUAACAGUGAUGAUGACAAUGAUGAUGAUGAUGAUGAUGAUGAUGAUGUCACUGUCCCCCAGGUCGUGUGCGAGCUCAGCGGGCCGUGUGUGAGCUCCACGGGUGCUGUUGUUGAUGAUGAUGAUGUUGCUGUUGAUGAUGUUGAUAAUGAUGGUGUUGAUAACAAUGAUGGUGUUGAUAACAAUGAUGAUGUUGAUAACAGUGAUGAUGAUGACGAUGAUGAUGAUGACAAUGACUAUGAUGAUGAUGUCCCUGUCCCAGGCCGUGUGCCGUGUGCGAGCUCCACGGGUGCUGUUGAUGAUGAUGAUAAUGAUGAUGUUGCUGUUGUUGAUGAUGAUGAUGUUGCUGUUGAUGAUGAUGAUGAUGUUGCUGCCGUGUGCGAGCUCCGCGGGUGCUGCUGGAGCCCCGGGUCGGAGCCGGGCGUGCCCUGGUGCUUCUUCGGAACCGACCACGGCUACAGGAUCCAAUCGGGGCCCUGGGAAACCGAGCAGGGGCUGGAGCUGUCCCUGGCACCCCUGCCAGCCCCGGCUCUGUUCGGGGCCCCCCUGGGCUCCGUGCGGCUCCGGGCACAGACCCUGAGCCCGGCACGGCUGCGGCUGCAGUUCACGGACCCCAGCAGUCCCCGGUUCCAGGUGCCCGAGGAGGUCGUGGGGCCCUUCCCGGGCUCGGCCGCCCCCGAUCCCAAAUUCCGGCUGAAAUUCCGGGAGAGCCCGUUCGGGGUGCAGGUGCUGAGGGCCAGCAGCGGCCGCGUCGUCUUUGACACGUCCAUCGGGCCGCUGCUGCAGGCGCCGCAGUUCCUGCAGGUCUCCGCCCGCCUCUCCUGCUCCGCCCUCUAUGGGCGGGGCCAGGGCAAGCUCCGCCUCCCGCCCGGCUGGCACCAAUGGGGGCUCUACAGCAGCCAGGGCGACGGCACCCAGCCCGGCUGGCACCGAUGGGGGCUCUACAGCAGCCAGGGCGAGGGCACCCAGCCCGGCUGGCACCGCUGGGGGCUCUACAGCAGCCAGGGCGAGGGCACUGAGGAAGGGCAGAACGUGGCCGGAGUUCACCCAUUCCUGAUGUGUUUGGAGGACACGUCCGGAGCCUCCCUGGGCAUUUUCCUGCUCAACAGCAACGCCAUGGAGGUGUCGGUGAGCCCGGCCCCGGCCGUGACGCUUCGCUCCAUCGGGGGGAUCCUGGAUCUGUUCCUGCUCCUCACCGACAGCCCCGAGCAGCUGCUGCAGGAGCACACCCAGCUGGUGGGGCUGCCGGCGCUGCCGCCAUUUUGGGCGCUGGGCUUCCAGCUCAGCCACAGCAGCUACGGCUCCCUGGAGGAGGCAAAAAACGUCCUGGAGAGAAACCGCGCAGCCGGCCUGCCCCUCGACGCGCUGGUGCUUGGCACCGAGGCCAUGGACGGGCACCGCGACUUCACCAUCGACCAGCGAGAUUCCGGAACCUUCCGCAGCUCCGGGGGCAGCUGCUCCGGGACAGAAACUGAUCCUGACCCUGGUCAGGAAUUUCCCAUUCUUGGGGACGCCGCCAUCGGGGAGGGGCCGCUCGCGGACGGGAGCGAAUACGAAACCUUCCGGAGAGGGGGCGGGGCCUGGGUUAAUGAGUCUGACGGCGUCACACCGCUAAUUGGGCAGGCUCGGCCGGGCCGGGUGCGGUUCCCGGAUUUCGGCACCGCCCUCUGCCGGAGCUGCAUUAACUCUGAGUGGGGUUCAUCAGUUAAUUACCUAAUUAAUGGAUUAAUUCCCGGUGUUUCCCCAGGCGGGGCUCGGCCGGGCCGGGUGCGGUUCCCGGAUUUCGGCACCGCCCUCUGCCGCCGCUGGUGGCUGCAGGAGCUGCAGCGAUUCCGCGACAGCGUCCCCUUCGACGGCCUCUGCCUGGAGCUGGACGGCGCCGUGAGCUUCGUGCCGGGCUCGGAGCGCGGCUGCGCCGACAACGCCUGGAACUUCCCCCCGUACAGCCCCGCGGGGUCAGCCCGGCCGCUGUUCCGGCGCUCGCUCUGCCCGGACGCCGCCCACGCCUGGGGGCGCCACUACGACGUCCACAACUUCUAUGGGCAGAACAUGGCCAGGGACACGUAUGGUGCCCUGCAGCGCAUUUCCCCCUCCCAGCGGCCCCUGCUGGUUUCCAGCUCCACCUUUGCCGGCUCCGGGCGCUUUGGGGGGCGCUGGGGCGGGGCCGGCGCCGCUUCCUGGCAGCGGCUGCGCGAGGCCAUCCCCGAGCUGCUGUGGAUGGGCAUGGUCGGCAUCCCCUACGUGAGUUUGGGCUGGAAAAGGGAGAAAAUGGGGAAAAACGGGGCAAAAAACCGCAGGAAAAUCAGGGUUAGGGUGGCGGAGAAACGAGAGGGAAAAUGGCGGAAAAAUGGCGGAAAAUGGCAGAAAAAUGGCGGAAAAAUGGGAAUUAAAGAGGGGAAUCUUUGGGGGUCGUGCCCGAGCUGCUGUGGAUGGGGAUGGUGGGGAUCCCCUACGGGGGAAUCUUUGGGGCUCGUGCCCGAGCUGCUGUGGAUGGGCAUGGUCGGGAUCCCCUACGUGAGUUUGGGCUGGAAAAGGGAGAAAAUGGGAAAAAACGGGGCAAAAAACCGCAGGAAAAUCGGGGUUAGGGUGGCGGAAAAACGAGAGGGAAAAUGGCGGAAAAAUGGCGGAAAAAUGGGAAUUAAAGGGGAGAAUCUUUGGGGGUCGUGCCCGAGCUGCUGUGGAUGGGGAUGGUCGGGAUCCGCUACGGUGGCGGAGAAACGAGAGGGAAAAUGGCGGAAAAUGGCGGAAAAAUGGGAAUUAAAGGGGGGAAUCUUUGGGGGUUGUGCCCGAGCUGCUGUGGAUGGGGAUGGUCGGGAUCCCCUACGGGAGUUUGGGCUGGAAAAGGGAGAAAAUGGGAAAAAACGGGGCAAAAAACCGCAGGAAAAUCGGGUCGGGUUCAUCGAUCUGCGGGGGUCUGGGCCGCUGCCCGGAGGAGCUUUGUCGGGUUCAUCGAUCUGCGGGGGUCUGGGCCGCUGCCCGGAGGAGCUUUGCCGCCGCUGGCACCAACUCGGGGCCUUUUUCCCCCUGGCGCGGAACCACAACGAGGAGCCCGGAACGGCGCAGGACCCGGCGGCGUUCGGUGCCCGCUCGGCGCUGCUGAACUCGACGCGGGCACAGCUGGGCACCCGCUACCGCCUGCUGCCGCACCUCUACACGCUGCUGUACCGGGCACACACCCGCGGGCACAGCGUGGCACGGGCACUGCCCGUCGAGUUCUACGCCGAGGAGGCGGCGUGGGACGUGGAGGCGCAGUUCCUGUGGGGGGCGGCGCUGCUGAUCACGCCCGUGCUGGAACCCGGCGUGGACGUGAUCCGGGCCUACAUCCCCGACGCCGUCUGGUACGAGUUCCACUCGGGUUCCCGGCUGUGGCUCCGGGCUCAGUGGACGCUGCUGCCCCUGCCCGGGCAGCGCCUGGGGCUGCACCUGCGCGGAGGGAACGUCCUGCCCGAGCAGGAGCCCGGCCCCACCACGGCCACCAGCCGCAGGAACCCGCUGGGGCUGAUCGUGGCGCUGGACGAGAACCAGGAGGCCUCGGGGGAGCUCUUCUGGGACGACGGGGAAUCCGCGGACACCGUUGAGAGCAAAUCCUACAUUUUCUACGAAUUCCGAUUUUCCAACAACGUUCUGGAACUUUCUGUCACCCACAACAAUUACUCCGACCCCCACGGGUUGGAGUUCCAGCGGCUGCGGGUGCUGGGGCUGCCGCGAGCACCAAUCAGCAUCGACGUUACUACCGAGGGCGCCGAGGUCUCGUCCAAUCACAGCCUGAGCUACGACGCCGGCACCCAGGUGGCCGAGGUUUGGGGGCUGCGGCUGCGGCUGGGCCGGUCCCACGCCCUGCGCUGGACGCUGGGCACGCGCGAGAGCGACAGAUUCGACUGCCACCCCUGGGACGGGGCCAGCCCCGAGAGCUGCGCCCGUCUCGGCUGCAUCUGGAACGAAACCACGUCGGCGGAGCGCGUCCCCUUCUGUCACCACGCCGGCCUCGAGAGCGGCUACGGCGCCUCCAACAUCCGCUACGGCGACAGCGGCGUCACCGCUGACGUCAUCCUGGGACGCCCCGCCCACCGCGGGACAGGCCACGCCCACCAGGGUCACAGCCCCGCCCACCAGAGCCAGAGCUCCGCCCACAGCAGCACAAGGGACACCGAUGAAAGCACAGGACCCAUGGACCAGGAUGACACAGGCUCCGCCCACCGCGGGACAGGCCACGCCCACCAGAGACAAAGCUCCGCCCACAGCAGCACAAGGGACACCGAUGAAAGCACAGGACCCAUUGACAACACAGGCCACGCCCACCAGAGCCAAAGCUCCGCCCACCGCAGCGCAAUUGACACCAAUGGCAGCACAGGCUCCGCCCACCGCAGCACAAUUGACACCAAUGGCAGCACAGGCUCCGCCCACCAGAGCCAAAGCUCCGCCCACCGCAGCACAAUUGACUCCAAUGGCAGCACAGGCUCCGCCCACCAGGGACAAAGCCCCACCCACCAGAGCCAAAGCUCCGCCCACCACAGUGCAAUUGACACCAAUGGCAGCACAGACUCCGCCCACCAGAGCCAAAGCUCCGCCCACAGCAGCGCAAGCGACACCGAUGAAAGCACAGGACCCAUUGACAACACAGGCUCCGCCCACCAGAGCCAAAGCUCCGCCCACAGCAGCACAAUUGACACCAAUGGCAGCACAGGCUCCGCCCACCGCAGCGCAAUUGACUCCAAUGGCAGCACAGGCUCCGCCCACCAGAGCCAAAGCUCCGCCCACCGCAGCACAAUUGACACCAAUGGCAGCACAGGCUCCGCCCACCAGGGACAAAGCCCCACCCACCAGAGCCAAAGCUCCGCCCACCACAGCGCAAUUGACACCAAUGGCAGCACAGGCUCCGCCCACCGCAGCGCAAUUGACUCCAAUGGCAGCACAGGCUCCGCCCACCAGAGCCAAAGCUCCGCCCACCAAAGCCAAAGCUCCGCCCACCAAAGCCAAAGCUCCGCCCACCGCAGCACAAUUGACACCAAUGGCAGCACAGGCUCCGCCCACCAGAGCCAAAGCUCUGCCCACCAGAGCCAAAGCUCCGCCCAUCAGAGCCAAAGCUCCGCCCACAGCAGCACAAUUGACACCAAUGGCAGCACAGGCUCCGCCCACCAGAGCCAAAGCUCCGCCCACAGCAGCACAAUUGACACCAAUGGCAGCACAGGCUCCGCCCACCUAAGCCAAAGCUCCGCCCACCAAAGCCAAAGCUCCGCCCACCGCAGCACAAUUGACACCAAUGGCAGCACAGGCCCCGCCCACCAGAGCCAAAGCUCCGCCCAUCAGAGCCGAAGCUCCGCCCACCGCAGCACAAUUGACUCCAAUGGCAGCACAGGCCCCGCCCACCAGAGCCAAAGCUCCGCCCACCCCCGGGGCAUGCAGCCAAUCGAGCGGCUGCGGCUGGAGGUCACCUACCACACUGAUCACCUGCUGCAGUUCAAGGUUUUUGACCCCUCCGUUGGCCGUUUCGAGGUGCCGGUGCCGCUGUUCCUGCCGGCCACGCCCACGGCCACGCCCCGGAGCCGCCUCUACGACGUCGAGGUCUCUGAUUGGCCCUUCGGGAUCCACGUGCGGCGCCGCAGCUCCGGCGCCGUCAUCUGGGACUCGCAGCUGCCGACGUUCGCCUUCUCGGAUCAGUUCCUGCAGAUCUCCACGCGCCUCCCGGCCCCGUUCGUUUACGGCUUCGGCGAGAGCGAGCGCGGAACGUUCCGGCACGACCUCGGCUGGCACAGCUGGGGGAUGUUCGCCCGCGACCAGCCGCCCGGCCACAAGCUGAACUCGUACGGCGUGCACCCGUUCCACCUGGGGCUGGAGGAGGACGGCCGCGCGCACGGCGUGCUGCUGCUCAACAGCAACGCCAUGGACGUGACGCUGCAGCCGACGCCGGCGCUCACCUAUCGCAGCACCGGCGGCGUCCUCGACUUCUACCUGCUGAUGGGACCCGGCCCCGAGGACGUCGUGCGCGAGUACACCGCGCUGAUUGGCCGCCCGGUUCUGCCGCCCUAUUGGGCGCUGGGGUUCCAACUUUGCCGUUACGGCUACAAAAACGACGCCGAAAUCGCGCAACUGCUGCAGGAGAUGAGCCAGGAACGGAUCCCCCUGGACGUGCAGUACGCCGACAUCGAUUACAUGGAGCGCCAGCUCGACUUCACCCUCAGCCCGCGCUUCCGGAACCUUCCGCAGCUCGUGCGCGACAUCCGGGCCCGGGGAAUGCGCUUCGUGCUCAUCCUGGACCCGGCGAUCUCGGCCAACGAGACGAAUUACCCGGCCUUCGAGCGGGGGCUGCAGCGCGACGUCUUCAUCAAGUGGCCCAACAGCGACGACAUCGUCUUCGCCAAGGUGUGGCCGGACCUGCCAAACGUUGUUGUCAAUGAUUCCCUGGACUGGGACACCCAAGUGGAGCUCUACCGCGCCUUCGCGGCCGUGCCGGAUUUUUUCCGGCACUCCACGCGGGAUUGGUGGGCGCAGGAAAUCGCCGAAGUUUUCCACAACCCCCGCAAUUCCUCGCUCAGCAUCAAAUUCGACGGCAUCUGGAUCGACAUGAACGAGCCGUCGAGUUUCGUGCACGGCGCCGUCGGCGGCUGCCGCGACCGCGACCUCAACUUCCCGCCCUACGUCCCCCGUGACUGGCGUCGCGCUGGGAGGGGGCUGAGCUCCAAGACGCUCUGCAUGGAGGGCGAGCAGCGGCUGCCGGACGGGACCCCCGUCAGACACUACGACGUGCACAGCCUGUACGGGUGGGCACAGACCGAGCCCACGCUCAGGGCGGUGCAGAAUCUGACGGGCGAGCGCGGGCUGGUGGUGACGCGCUCGACGUUCCCGGGCAGCGGCCGCUGGGCCGGGCACUGGCUGGGCGACAACACGGCGGCCUGGGAGCAGAUGGGCAAAUCCAUCGUGGGAAUGUUGGACUUCAGCCUCUUCGGGGUCUCCUACACCGGGGCCGACAUCUGCGGCUUUUGGGAGCCGUCGUUCGAGCUCUGCGCCCGCUGGAUGGAGCUCGGCGCCUUCUACCCCUACGCGCGCAACCACAACGGCAACCGCGACAAGCGCCAGGACCCGCUGGCCUGGAACUCCACCUUUGUGUCGCUGUCCCGGCGCGUUCUGGAGCUGCGCUACCGCCUGCUGCCCGCGCUCUACUCGCUGCUCUUCCGCGCCCACGCCCACGGCGACACCGUCGUGCGGCCCCUGCUGCACCAGUUUGUGGAGGACAGGACGACGUGGGACCUGGACCGGCAGUUCCUGUGGGGGGAGGGGCUGCUGGUCAGCCCCGUGCUGGAGCAGGGCGUGAGCGAGGUGCGAGCGUACCUGCCCGACGCGCGCUGGUUCGACUUCCACACCGACGCGGAGGUCGGCGUCCGGGGGCAGUUCCGGAACUUUCCGGCGCCCCUGGGUCACAUCAACCUCCACAUCCGGGGGGGUCUCGUCGUCCCCCAGCAGCUCCCGGCCAACAACACCGCCUUCAGGUCCGAAAUUAAUUAA